AUGAUCCUUUCGACCCGCCUCCCCGGCUCGAUCUUGGACAAGAAGGGUCAACCGUCGGAGAAGACGGCUGUCUUUGCAGUUGCGCUUAACCGGUUGCGCAGACAGGCCCAGCAUGGGUUGGAUCAAAACGACGAUAAACGUCCCCACGUUGACGUCUUCGUGUCAGGAACGCGGGCCCAGACGAGUGUAUCCGGCGGCCCUAUUCGGCCAAAGAUCAGAGAUCAUAAGACGUGA